AUCACUAUCACACCUGUAUCUUCUGCGGACUUGCCUCCUAAUCGAUAUAUUGCCGAAAAUCAACUGCCUCUUGCUGAACAAACACACGAACUGGUCAAAGUGGAAGAUAUCGUGGCAGGCUUUCAAAUUGCAAAUUCCACCUCUGAUUUACAUGGUUUGGCCCUCUCCACCAAGUACCCUGGUAUGGUGUGGCUCACAUUAGAAGUGGGCAACAAAUUGGUGUUGAUUGAUCCUGUGACGGCGUCAGUUACGGAUGCUCCCGAGGUGAUCAAGGAAAUCGAUGUACCCGAUCCCGGCAAUGGUCCUCAUUACAUUGGUGAAUAUGAAACCGAUCUCUGGGUCAGUCUCAAAGAAAGUUCUGACGUAUUGCGCAUCAACUAUGAGAAUUCCGCCGAUUACAACAUUUACAAAGGUGUAGCCUCUCCUGUUUUUGUCGCACAACACCCCAUCAACAAGAUGUUCUAUACUGGUGAAGAUGCGUCCAACAAACUCAUGAAAAUCAACCCUGCAACUGGUGAAACCACCCAAAUCGAUGUCGAUACCAGUGUUGGUACGACCCCCGUUGGUGUGAUGAGCGGUCCUAAUGGUAUCUGGUUCACUCUUCUUGGUAAUAAAACAGCUGGCACAGGUACCUUUGGUUUCAUCGAUCAAAGCGACACGAUUGAUGAAGAAGUCGUUGUGACUCCUACUCAGCCAUGCGCAGCCCAUCGUCUUUUACCUACUCAAUUCAAUGUCUUUGCCACUGAACUCACCGCCUCCAAAUUGUUAACCUUGUUUA